UCCCAUUUUUUUUUGUCGGGAAAAGGUUACUUUUUUCUCCGACAGAAAAGAAACAUUUUGAGACUGAAACCAAAAAGUCGCCGCUAAGAGAUAUGGCGGAGGGGCAAUCCCCCGAGAACUCACCACCGGCGUCUCCGCCACCAUCUCCACCUUCACCCCCCGAUCAAGACUCAUCUCCUCCGCCGUCUCCUCCCCCUUCUCCUCCGUCUUCACCUCCGCCGGAAAAUUCCUCCGGUGGGUCCCCCUCCUCCCCCCCUCCGCCGCAAAACUCUUCCUCCGACUCCCCGUCUCCUCCUCCUCCUCCGCAGGACUCAAAUGGCGACAAUAACAACAACAACAAUGGAGACGACGACAACAACAAUAACAAUGGAGGCAAUAAAGACGACAACAACAACAAUAAUGGAAAUAACAACAACAAUGGAGGCAACAAAGACAACAACAACAAUGGAGGUAACAACAACAACAAUGGUAACAAGAACAACAAUGGCAACAAUGUUUCGCCUCCGCCUCCAUCGAGGAGUUCAGAACGUGGCUCUAACUCGCCGUCGAGAUCGUUGGCUCCUCCGAGAAGCAGCGGAGGCUCGAGCUCGUCGGACAACAACAAUGGAUUGGAAAUGCCUCAGAUCAUAGGGAUUGUUGCAGGAGCUGGAUUGUUGCUCCUUGUCAUGAUUUUGUUAUGCGUUUGCUGUUGCCGCAAGAAGAAGAAGAAGUCGAAGCUCGAUCAGAUGCCCUACUAUGGGAGCAAUGCUUACGGUGGCGGCAAAGCCGGUGGUGAUCAAUAUUACAGUGGCGUUUCGCCACAACAACAACAACAACAAUAUUACAACAACAACCAAAAUGACCACAUAGUGAACUUGCCUCCACCUCCUGGAUCAAUGGGAACAAACUGGGCAAACCCUAAACCGCCUGGACAAUGGCCUCAGAUCUCGUCCUCUCCUCAAAACCCGGUUUCUGGCAUGAACCAUAGCAGCGACAUGAGUUCCAACUACUCAGGACCGCAUGGUCCUUCUCUUCCACCUCCUCACCCUUCAGUCGCUCUCGGUUUCAACAAGAGCACCUUCACCUAUGACGAGCUGGCGGCUGCAACUCAAGGUUUCUCGCAAGAUCGGUUGUUAGGGCAAGGCGGGUUCGGGUACGUCCACAAGGGUAUUCUACCAAAUGGGAAAGAAAUCGCGGUGAAGAGUCUCAAAGCGGGGAGUGGACAAGGAGAACGAGAGUUUCAGGCGGAAGUCGAGAUUAUCAGUCGUGUUCACCAUCGACAUCUCGUGUCUCUUGUCGGGUAUUGCAUCGCAGGUGGUCAGAGGAUGUUGGUUUAUGAGUUUCUUCCUAACAACACGCUUGAGUUCCACCUCCAUGGAAAAAGUGGUAAUGUCAUGGAUUGGCCUACAAGACUCAAGAUUGCUUUAGGAUCAGCUAAAGGGCUUGCUUACUUGCAUGAAGAUUGCCAUCCUAAGAUUAUCCACAGAGAUAUCAAAGGAGCAAACAUUCUUCUCGACUUUAACUUCGACGCUAAGGUUGCUGAUUUUGGGCUGGCUAAGCUAUCUCAAGACAAUUACACGCACGUUUCCACCCGUGUCAUGGGAACUUUCGGGUACUUAGCUCCCGAAUACGCGUCGAGCGGAAAACUGACAGAUAAAUCAGACGUCUUCUCCUUUGGUGUUAUGCUACUAGAGCUUGUAACCGGUCGAAGGCCCGUUGAUCUCACUGGUGAAAUGGAAGAUAGCUUGGUCGACUGGGCAAGACCGUUGUGCUUGAAAGCAGCUCAGGAUGGAGAAUACGGGGAAUUGGUGGAUCCAAGCCUCGAGAAUCGUUACGCUCCGCACGAGAUGGCUCGUAUGGUGGCUUGUGCGGCAGCAGCCAUCAGGCAUUCUGCUCGGCGACGCCCAAAGAUGAGCCAGAUUGUACGAGCGCUGGAAGGAGACGCAUCGUUGGAUGACCUGAACGAGGGGGUGAAGCCGGGGCAGAGCGCGAUGUUUGGGUCGAGCGGAGGAGAAGGGAGCUCCGACUACGACGCCAGUUCUUACAGCGCUGACAUGAGAAAGUUUCGGAAGGUCGCUCUCGAAAGCCGAGGCGACUACGCUAGCAGCGAGUACGGUGCCACCAGUGAGUACGGACUCAACCCUUCCUCCUCCAGCAGCGACGAAAUGCACCAUAGAGCCACCAACAAAUCCAUGACCCCUCCCCCUCCCCCUCCUAACCGAGAUUUCUAAUUUCUUUUCUUUGAGAAUAUAUACAUAUUAAAAAAAUAAAAUAAAAAAUUGUAUUUCCUUAUUUUUCUCAUUCACUUGCUAUAUAUGGUUCAUUGUAUUUUUUUUUUUUGCUUUUACAUGCUGGAUUUGUUGACGUGGAAUUUGCGGUCCUUGUUGAGAUUUGAAUGUUGGUGUUUACUUUUGGUGCGUGCUUUUGGUA